AUGCAACGGAGAGACAUAUUGAGGACAUAUAAGCAUUUUUUGUUGUUACUGCUGUCGGGUGGGUGCACACCAGUUGUGCGCGAGGAGUCAUGCACUAAUCUUUGCUUUAAUGUGUUGCUGAUUCACUUUUAUUUAUAUUUUCAUGAAGUAGUAGUCAUGUUCGCUACGUUGGGGUCGUGGCCGCGGGGCAUUCACGUCUUUUUGAAUGAGACGACCAAAAGGAGCGUCGAACCGUGGUAUUUGGGCUAUGAAGAGCGGCGCCGUCUAACCCGGGAUCCGCGAGUAGUUCGACAAUUAGAAUUGGAGGAUGAGUGGAAGGACACCUGCCUGGAAGGUGUAUGGAUGGGAUUUCGUCGAUUUGCUCGGCCUCUCAAUGAUUUCAAGAUUACAGAAGCCUGUUUUCACGAGUAUCUUUCUUUUGUGGGUAUUUCCAAUGAAUAUCUUAGAAACCGAAUUACCAGUCUUUUUAGGCUUGAAAAUUCUGCGGAGAUUGACUGCCUGCGGGUCUGCAAGGUUCUUUUUACGGGGCUAACGGAGGAGAGCACGUCUUCUAAAUUUUUGGACCACUGCUUCCGGUGUAUCCCAUCGAACCCGGUUUCCGGUGACGUGGAGGUCGACAUUGUGAAAAAGGCAUGUGAGGCGCAACACGCUAUUACUGACAAAAAGUUCCCAACGGAACUACGGAUACAGCAAUUGGAAGGUGUUUUGAGGUAUUUCAAUGAGGCGGAAGAACCUAACUUUAAUCUGGAGACGUUCAAGGAUUUAUUCUUCCAUCCAGAUUGGUGUUUAUGGGCAAGCAGCUUCAUCAAGUGCAUAUAUGAGGCUGCAGCUAAGUACUUCAGUGCCCCUAAUGGUAUCUUACCACCUGUCCCGCUGCGGUGGAUCAAAGCCGCCGAGCCACUGCCAUUUGACCGCAAUGACAUUUACGAUGCGGAUGCCUUGCUCCUUAGGAAUGUUGAAAUAUUAGGCAGGGAAAAUGGUGAUGUCAAGAAAAGACGCAAAAGCCCUGGAAAAGCACGGAGUUCGAAGAGGCGAUCAUGA